AUGUUUGUAGGUGUUGGUAGAACUCACAAGGAUGCUGCGGCAGUAAGGACAAGUCAUUCGAUACCCGCAUCCUGUGGACUUUAUUAUUUUGAAAUCAAAAUUAUUAGCAAAGGAAGAGAUGGGUAAAUUUCAAAUUUUCAUCACAUAAAAUGUGUCUUUAAUCUGUGGAUAAAUACUGUGUAUUUCCUUGCGAUAUCUGUUUUGUGUUAUGUUUUAGAUAUAUGGGGAUUGGUCUUUCUGCAAAUGGAGUAAACUUAAGUAGACUGCCAGGUAUUCCUUAGCUCCUUAUUGAAUCACACCUCUAUCACAGAAUAGGAAGGUACAGCAGAAGCGUAACUCCAGUCGUUCCCCUUAUUGUUUUACGUCCACGAAAAUUUUAACUCGCUCACACCAAUCCAUGUCAUCCUGGCUAGUACAACCGGAAGUUUUUAUCAGGUUUUGGUAGGUACAAAGUGCCGGUUGUACUAGCCAGGAUGGCGUGAUUGAUGACGAAUCGCUUGUAAAAACGCGGACAAAUACUUGCUUGAGUUACGCUUCUGCUGUACCUUCCUAUUCUGUGCCUCUAUUAAAACAGAACUGUUUGUUCAUCAAACAGUCAGGGUCUGAAAUUUAUAUUUUUUCUCAGUAUCCAACUGGGAUAUCAGGAUUCAAAGUUUAGUAUCCCCCCCUGAGAAUCCACUAUCCCACUUCUGGAUACUGGUACCAUAAGUAUUAUACCCUGUCCCAUCCAAAUAUGUUUCCAUAACUCUCACUGUUACAAAUUACAAUAGAUAGAUAGAUAGAUAGAUAGAGACUUUAUUUAAAGAGGGUGACACUUAAUAGUACGAAGUACUAAUGAACUUGUGGCCCUCAUAAAAUUUACAAAAAAUUAGGGAGUAUAUCUACAGGUAUUGUCUAUUUACAACAUUUAUAUAUAUAUAUAUAUUAUAAAUCAAUAUUCAGUUGACUUUCAAGUUUACUUAAUUAAAAAGGUUAUAUUACAUGAAGUAUAUAUGACAUUACAUUUAUAUAAAAGAGAACAUUAUAUAGCUAUAUUACAAUUAUAUAUUACUUAAAUUUAAAAUCAGGAAAAGAAGUAAAUUGUUUAAAUUCACUCUGGUGCGUACGGAAGCAAUUAUAUAAUAAGUAUUUAAAACAGUUGAUGGAGCUAGCAGAACGGAAACUUAAAGGUAGUCUGUUCCAGAGGCCUAUAGCGGUUAUAGAAAAAGUUCUUCCGGCUUCAGUAGCUCUAUUGUAUUUCAGAGUUACUAAACUUAAAUCAGCACUGCGAGUGUUCCGCGAAUGUUGUUGGCUAUUUAAAUUUAAUAGUCUGUUUAAGUACUCCGGAGUAGCAUUAAUAGUACGCUUGUAGAUCAUAAUACAAUAGACAACAGGGGAUUCAACAGUCAACAACUAGACAAUUCAUUAAUGCACAAAAAUGCACAUAAAAUGAGGAAAGGGUUGGGUGGCAAACUCAUAGUAUUCAAAAGCUAUCAGGAGACUGUCAGAGGUGCUUAACAUUUUCCUAAUGUUUGAAAUUUUCUUAGUAUCCAGUUGGGAUACAAGUCAUUCACAGGUUGAUAUCCAAAACCAAAUUUUAGUAUUUUGUGGAUAUUGCGAUACUGCAAAUUUCAGACCCUGACAGGGUCCAAGGUCUAUAAUAAGCUUUUGUUGGUAGGGAAAAAUAUAAGGAGAAUUUCGAUGUUUCGAGCAAAGGCGCUUUGUCUGGAAUUUGUACGUAGGUAGUAAUUCACCUUCGCUCUAAACGUCGAAAUGCUCUGUAUAUUUUUCAGGUAGUUGCAUCCUACAUACAUGUGUCCCUUUAUCUUUUCCAGGUUGGGAAAAACAGUCGUAUGGUUACCAUGGUGAUGAUGGUAAUUCAUUCUCGUCGUCUGGCACGGGCAAACCCUACGGUCCGACUUUUACUACUGGUGAUGUGAUUGGCUGUGGUGUGAAUAUGAUUGAUAAUACUGCCUUUUAUACCAAGAAUGGAGUUAAACUUGGUAAGAACAAAAAAUGA